AUUUCAUUUUCAAAACCUGCCAUUACUUUGACCUGCUUGGAAAGAACCCUUUCGCUUCAGAGGUGACAUUCUGCUUGCCUGGGGCAGCCUUUUAAGUAAAUUCAUUGAUACAGAUGCAGCGAAAUGGAGCAAGCCCCGGGGGACCGGCCAUAUCCGCGGCAAAGAAGCGCAGGCUCGCUAUGCUGGAUGAGACCCUCCAGGCCUCAGCCAAGCAACAGCAGCCACAGGCAGGCGGCAGGCAGCUCGGCAGGCCAGACUCAAAGCCAGCAGGCGGGCGCAACAGCGCUGUGAGCACUGUUCCCGCAGCUGCAGCAACGGUGGACGCGGUCAGACCCAAAGAUGGAGACUUCCCCUACAACCGCCUCGGGGAGGCUGUGCUAGAUGGCUCCCUGUCGUCAGCCCUGGCGCAGGCUAAGGCUGCCGCGCAAGCCGCCGCCGCCGCAACAAGCGCCGCCUUCGGCGGGCCCGCGUCCGCGGCCGGAGGACGGCGGGGCAGCUCCCGCCGCACGGCACCCACGGUGACGUCGGCGGCAGCCGCUGCGGCGGCGGCAGCGGCUGCGGGCGGUGACUCUGUGGCGGCGGAUGUGCUGGCAGAGCUUGUGGCUACCAACCCUCGUACCAGCAGCAGUGACCUGCGCUCGCUGCUGAGCCAGCGGCUGCAGGACCGCUCCGUGCUGCUGGACAACCCCAUGGCGGCGCUGAACGCCAAAAAGAUGUUCGCAAGGCGCACAUCGAGCUACUCGGCCAAGCUCCGCAGCAACACAGAAACCAAGCGGCGCGCAGCGGCGGCGGUGUCGGCAGCUGGCGAGUCAGCCGCGGACCACGCCGCCGCUGCGGAACCGCGUAAGGGAGCUCCCAGUUUCGAGACUAUGCUGCGCGUGCACGAGCUGUGGAACCAGUACACGCAAGGCCUCGUCCGCAACGCGCCCGCCGGCGCUGCGGCCUCGAGUGCAACGGCCGCGGCCGCAGCCGCUGCCAAGGUGGCGGACCUACACGGCGCGCGCGUGACGGUGGUGCAGCACCGCAACCCGCAGCUAGUGGGCGCCAGCGGCGUGGUGCUGCGCAGGAGCACCGCCGCGCUGCACGUGGUGACGCCCGGCGACCGCGUGAAAGUUGUGCCGCUCAAGGGGUGUGCGGCCCAGUACGUCAUCAACGGCAUUGUGCUGCAGCUGACGGGGUGAACACCGUCAGCUGCGACAGGCUGCCGAUCGGCUGCCGGUCAGUUGGCGCCUGGACACAACAGGCCGUGGUGAGUACCGAGUCGGAGAGAGGAUAGGA